CUUCCAGUCUUCUAAGCGACGCGACUUCACCUUUCCAUUGCAGAUAGCUUGGAACCCUAAAAUUUGCAUAUGUAUGUUCGCUUCUUUCUGCAACCGAUUGCUUCGGGGAGUACAAAACGACUGAGGCGCUGGUGAUUUUGACUCGGUUCUUUGCUAUUCUCUGCUAUUCGCUUGGUCUAUUCAUUGCUGUCGCCUGUUCUUGUCUCUGCUGGAGCUAUUCUGUAUUCUCUUCAUUGGUUCUAGAGGUGUUCCUGUUCGUCGCUUGUUCUAGUCUGCUGGUCGACUCAGAGGAAUUAAAGAGUAUGGAAGAAGAAUCGCUGGGAGGUAAUGAUUAUGGAGUUAAGGUUUCUUUGUUUGAUUACUCGGUUGAGCAUCACUUCAAAGCAGUUGACACAAUUUCGAAGCUCUGUGGAGAGGCAGAGAAUUUCGCGGCUGAAGAAUGUGAAAUUCAACAGUUAUCUAACUCAGUCACUUUCUUAAGAGAGUGGAGCUAUUACAAUUACAACCCAAGAAUUAUUAGGUUUGGCUCAGAAUCUAAGGCCUCCAGCAUAUUUUUACCUCAAUUAUCAUCUGCCGCCGUUCCUAAGGAAGGACCACAUGAGAAGACCAAGUAUUUAAAGUCCAGUAAAGACUUUAUGUUUUAUGUUGGAGGACCUGUUUGGGCUUUAGAUUGGUGCCCUAGAGUUUACAAAAGGCCUGACUUUCCUAUAAAAAAUGAGUUUAUCGCUGUUUCUGCUCAUCCACCCGACUCUACUUAUCACAAGAUUGGUGCUCCGCUCAUUGGGAGAGGUAUGAUUCAGAUAUGGUGUGUUCUGAAUAUCGGUGUGAGUAGGGAGGCAAAAGAGGACAAACCAACUGACAAAAAGAAGCCAAAAGAGGAUAAACCAACUGACACAAAGAAGCCAAGAGGAAGACCUAGAAAGAAACCAGUGAAUGAGGACAAUAAGAACCUAUUAACUCAACCUAAGAGGCCAAGAGGAAGACCCAGGAAGUAUCCAAGAGAUGAAUCAGUUGAUAGCAUCAAUUGCAACGAUCAACUUGUUCAAGCUCUUGCUGUUCAAUACCCUGAAGGCACAUCUGAAUUUCUUGCUAUAGAGGGAGCAUCAGCGAAUAUACAAGAGGAUUCUGUGAGAGAAAAUAAUGAUAAAAGACAAAAAAGUUCCACUCUAAGUAUGCCGGCUUGUGAUUCAGAUCUUAAAAAUUCCAUGCAAAAGAGAGGGUUGAAGAGACAAGCAAGGUCAAGUAAAAAUGUUGCUGAUGUGUCUCAGCCACUAUUGACUGAAAAUGAAGACAAAGUAUCUUCUACUACAGACUAUCAAAUUGAUGAGACAUCUGGGAAGGAUAUUGUGGUCUCUAAUAAUGUUUCAGAUAAUAGUUUCAUGGAUAUUGGCUCAUCAGCUGCUUGUUCCAUUCCAGAUGAUGUUGCUUUGCCAAGAAUUGUGUUAUGCCUAGCUCAUGAUGGCAAAGUUGCUUGGGAUGUGAAAUGGAGACCACUUAAAGAGUCAGAUUUUAGAUGCAUACAUCGGAUGGGCUAUCUAGCUGCUUUGCUAGGGAAUGGAUCUUUGCAAGUGUGGGAUGUACCUCUUCCGCAUGCCAUGAAAUCUAUAUAUUCUUCUUCUUGCAAGGAGGGAACGGAUCCUCGCUUUGUAAAACUGGAACCUGUAUUUAGAUGCUCAAUGGUGAAGUCUGGCGGUAUUCAGAGCAUACCCUUGACAGUAGAAUGGUCAACUUCAUCCCUCCAAGAUUACUUGCUUGCUGGAUGCCACGACGGAACGGUUGCAUUGUGGAAGUUCUCUGCAGGUGGUUCAUCUGGAGAUACAAAACCUUUGCUUUGUUUCAGUGCGGAUACAUUCCCCAUCAGAGCAGUUGCAUGGGCUCCAGUUGGAAGUGAUCCAGAGGGUGCAAAUGUUAUUUUAACUGCUGGACAUGGAAGCAUGAAGUUUUGGGACAUUCGUGACCCUUUUCGUCCCUUGUGGGAUAUUCAUCCAGCACCAAGGUUUAUCUACAGUUUGGACUGGCUGCCAGAUCCAAGUUGUGUUAUUUUGUCCCUUGACGAUGGAACGAUGAGGCUCCUUAGCUUUGUCAAGUCUGCAUAUGAUGUCCCAGUUCAUGGAAAACUUACUGUUGGGCCUAAACAACUAGGACUGCAUACGUUUAAUUGCUCAUCCUUUGCUAUCUGGAAUGUUCAAGUGUCGAGGCUGACUGGCAUGGUUGCAUACUGCAGUGCAGAUGGUACUGUCACCCGCUUCCAGCUCACACGUAAAGCAGUGGAAAAGGAUUUUUCACGAAAUCGGGCCCCUCAUUUUGUGUGUGGAUCCCUGUGUGUGGAUGAAUCUGCUCUUGUGGUUUGCUCUUCGUUAGCGGAUACAGCUUUAACCUUGAAGAAGCCAACGAACGAUAGUGCGGAGACCCCAAGAUCCAUGCGGGAUUUCUUGUCACCACCAAAUCAUCUUAAACGGUGUAAUGAUAAGAAGGCCAAAGGUCCAAUUCUAGAUGAUGACACAUUAGCCCUUUGUUAUGGAGAUGAUCCUGGUACGGAAUGUGGCACUGAUGAAACUUUGGCCUCCUGCAAGAGCAAAACGAGACCAAAAUCCGAGAGUAGUAAGAAAAAUGCAAAGGAUGAUGAAGCAUUGUUAUGCAGGGAUGAGGAUAGCAGUAAGAAAAAGGCAAAGGACGAUCAAGGAUUUGUAUGUGAAGAUGAAGAGCCAGAUAUGCAUGACAAAGAAAACGGAAAAGGGGGAAAAAGUAAUCAAACUGAAGAUUUCCCUUCCAAAACGGUUGCAAUGCAUAGAGUGAGAUGGAAUAUGAACAAGGGCAGUGAGAGAUGGUUGUGCUAUGGAGGAGCAGCAGGCAUUGUACGGUGUCAAGAGAUUAUGACAUCUCAUGCUGCCUGGAGAUGAGACGAGUCUCCAGUGUUAAAUCAUGUCAUGUUUCCAGUCGCCAGUGUUAAACAAUAAGGCUGUGUGCCUUAUUGUUUUUUUUACUUUGAGCCUUGCUCCUAUUUGGUUAUGCUAACGUGAUUUAAAUAAUUUAGAUUGAUAUUUGGUGAGAGGUCAGAAGUUGUGUUGUACAUUUUGGAUCGACCAUAUAAUAAAAGUUGAUAGAAUUAGUUCUCCUCUCCUUUUUCAAACUACGUAAUAUUUGUGAUGAGACUAUAGAGACAAAUCAGUCCUCUGAUAAAUGCGUUGAAGGAGUUUUAUCAA